AGGUGAUACCCAAGGUUCUCAGAGAACAAUUCAACGCUGUUCUGUUGAAGGUUAUACUGAGCUCUGAACCACAUUACUUUCCUGUCUACGUUUCAUUUCCUGGGGUCUUGCCAAGUGAUAAACAGACCCAGGCGUGUGGUAGAUUUGGGGUUUUUCAGCACGAAUAGGGUGGCUGGAGUUUGCUCGGUUCAAGGCAUCCACUGACUUCUGCGAUCAUGAUGAAAAGGCCCAUGUGAGGCUUUCGGGAGACGAUGGAGAAAACGUGGACAUACUGUGCUGUCUAUUCCAUCAUCCAGAUUCAUUUUGUCAGGGGACUAUGGGAAGAAAAAAUCAAAACAGAAGACAUUUAUGCUUCACCUGGCUCUGAUGUCAACCUGACCUGUCAAACCCAGAAGAAAGGCUUCAUGGUGCAAACGCAAUGGUCCAAGAUCACCAAAAGAGUGGACCUCGUUGCCCUUUAUCAUCCCCAACAUGGCUUCCACUGUGCUGAUGGGGUUCCCUGUAAGUCACUGGUGACUUUCACAGAAACUCCUGGGAAUGUGUCAAAAUGGACUCUACACUUGAGGAACGUGUCCUCUGCACUCAGUGGGAAGUAUGAGUGCAGUUUUACGUUGUACCCAGAAGGCAGUCAGACUAAAAUCUACAACCUGCUCAUUCAGAAAGAUGUUACUCUGGAUGAAUGGAGAAGCAACAAUACAAUGGAAAUAGAGAUAAAUCGGACUCUGAAAAUACCAUGUCUUCAAAAUAUCUCCUCAGAAAUUUCAUCUGAAUUUACCUUUGCAUGGUUGGUGGAGGAUAAUGGAACUCAGGAAACACUUAUUACCCAAGGUCACCCCAUCAGCAACUCCACAUUAUUUAAAGACAGAGUCAAGCUAGGUGCAGACUAUGGGCUCUACCUCUCUCCAGUCCAAAUUCAUGAUAAUGACCGGAGGUUCUCUUGCCACGUUACGAUCAGGCCUGGAAAAAUCUUGAGGAGUUCCACCACGGUCAAGGUUUUUGCUAAGCCAGAAAUCUCCAUGACUAUGGAAAAAAACUCCAUGGAUAUCUCGGGAAAGAGAACAUUUACCUGCUCACUGAGGAAUGUAUUUCCUACAGCAAAUCUCACAUGGUUUAUAGACACAAGCUUUCCUCAAAGUGAAAGACAAGAAACAAAUGUUCCUCGUGAAGAGAGAAAAGACAAAAGUGGAUUUUUGGACAUAAAGUCUGUUUUCACAAGGGAACGUGGCAAUGAACCAGCCCAGUCAGACAACCUGACCAUCUGGUGUAUGGCUUGGGCUCCAGGGCCUGGAAAUAAAGUGUGGAAUAUCUCAUCUGAAAAGAUCACUUUUUCCUUUGGCUCACUAAACCCUCCAACAGAUCCUGCACCCAGCAUUACAGAACCCACCCUUGGCACCCAAACUUCUCCGGCCAACAGCAUAUCUCCUACAAGACAUCCAGCUACAUCUUCAGCAGCCCCUGUCAAUGUGAGCACACUGACUGCAAGCAACACACCUGAAGGUGCUACAACUAGCAAUUCCAAGGUGACUACCCCAGGCUUCAACUACUCCUGGGCCUCCAGUGGAAAGAUACCAAAAACUGUGACUUCAUGGAUACCCAGUGAAACAUAUAGUUCAUUCCCCUCAAGUGCAGGCUGGACACUUCAUGAUGAUAACUUCACCAGCACAACCGAAGAAUUUUCAGAAGUUCCCACAACUUCCAAUAGAUCUACUAAAAAUUAUCACAUCCAUGUCACUGGUAUUGUGGUUAAUAAACCCAAAGAGGGAAUGUCCUGGCCAGUGAUUGUAGCAGCUUUGCUCUUUUUCUGCCUGGUAUUGUUUGGUCUCGGAGUGAGAAAAUGGUGUCAAUAUCUACAAGAAAUCAUGGAAAGACCCCCACCUUUCAAGCCACCUCCACCGCCUGUCAAGUACACUUGCAUUCAAGAGUCCAGUGGCAGUGAUCUGCCCUGUCAUGAGAUGGAAACACUCCAGUCCUCUGAGACUUUGCCAUAUAAUGGAACUCUGCUAGAAUCCUAUUGAGAAGGUAGAUAUUUUGCUUUAUUAAAUAUUGCCCUCUAGCCAAGCCUCUACUGCAACAGAAAUGGAUGUCAUAAGAGAAUGACCUAUUUUCCCAGCAACUCAUCCCCUUUCAUCUGCAUGGACCUUUAAAGAAUGAGAGGAUAUGUUAUGCUGACACCCAAUUAGGUCUGUAGGGAUGUUCCUGCUUAUGUAAGAAGUGAAAAUUAGGCUGCUGCCAUUAAAAAAUACUUGUAGUCCUCAGAGGGAUAGGGAUGGGAAGGGUGGGAAGAAAUAAAC